CGUUCCUCCCAUCGCCGCAUUAACAACGCGUAGCCUUGGUGCAGUCGGGAGGCACUGUCCCUCUCGCCAUGGCCGGGGGGUUGCUCGCGGGGCUUGCCUGCCUGCUCGUUUUGCCCGGGGCCGCGUCCUUCCUGACACAGAGACGGGCCGCGCAGUUCCUCAGCAGACCGAGACGCGCCAAUACUAUCUUCGAGGAGCACAAGCAGGGUAGCCUGGAGCGCGAGUGCGUGGAGGAAUUCUGCAACAAGGAGGAAGCGAGGGAAGUGUUUGAGAACAACUUCGAAACGGAGUACUUUUACCCCAAGUACCUGGACUGCCUCAGCCGUCACCAGUCUCGCCCGUCCCAACUGCCCACUGGAAACCUAAAGAGCUGCAUCAGAGAGAUCCCAGACCAGUGCUCGCCCUCGCAGUGUAACCACGAGGGCUCUCUGCGCUGCGUGGACGGGGAGGCUACCUUCGAGUGCAUCUGCAGGCAAGGAUGGGAGGGCAAAUGGUGUGAGAGAGAUAUUGAUGAAUGCCUGUUGGAGGACAGAGUGUGUUCACACUCCUGCUACAACCUGCCUGGCAGCUACCGCUGUUUCUGCCAGAAAGGUUUCUUCAUGAGCUCAGACAAAAAGAACUGCAUAGAUCGCAAUGAGUGCUUCAAAAACCCAAAAAUCUGUGGGAAGGCCACCUGCAAGAAUUUGCCGGGAAGCUACGAGUGUACGUGUAAGGAGGGCUACAGGUUCAAUGCCACCAAGAUGGAGUGUGAGGAUAUCGAUGAGUGUGCUGAGGGCAACUGCACCUACGAGUGUCUGAACUACCCGGGAGGCUUCAGCUGCUUCUGCGAUGGGAAGAAAGGGGAGAAGUUGUCGGUGGACAGACAGGGCUGUGAGCCGAUCCCCACCUGUGUGGCCCUGCAGACGGUGAGGAGGCCAAACAUUCUGAACAUGGGAGAGCUUUUCGCUGGGAUCCCGGUGGUCUACCUGCGGUUCAAGAUUCCCACAGACAGCAGGUUUACAGCAGAAUUUGACCUCAGGACCUUCGACUCUGAGGGGCUCAUAUUCUACGCCGAGACACAGGAGAACGCUGCCUGGUUGAUGCUCUCCGUUCAAAAUGGGAAGCUGGACGUUCAGUUCAAGAAUGAUCACAUCCACCUGGUGAAGAUUAGUGGGGGGCCCGAGAUUAACAAUGGCAUCUGGCACACGAUCUCGGUGGAGGAAGAUGAGACCAGCGUGGUGGUGAAGGUCGCCCGCGAGGCAGUGAUCAAGAUCAACAGCCCCGGCCGCAUCUUCGCAGGCAACGCCACGACAGAGAUGAAGAUAUCGAUCGCUGGUUUGCCCAGACAAGUCCACCCCAUCACUCCAUAUGUGAACCCUCGGCUGGACGGCUGCAUGCGGAGCUGGAACUGGAUGGACCAGGGAUCUGCAGGAAUCCUGGACGUCAUUCAGAACAUCGAGACCAAGCAGUGUUAUCGGAGUGUGGAGAGGAAUUCCUACUUCCCCGGACGGGGAUAUGCACUCCUUCCACUGAACUACAGUACAGUGGAAAUGGGUUUGGAAGGUUGGAAGGUUGACGUGAAGCUACAGAUGCGGCCAUCAAAGGACACCGGUGUGGUGUUCGCUUUAGUUAGCGGGAACACGGUGCCUCUGGCACUCUCGGUAACUGACGCCUACAGCCCAGAGAAAAAGCAGCAACUACUGCUGGCCAUAGACAACCAGAUUGUGUCCAGAUCUGCGAACCUGUAUCUUUGCAAUGGAGAGCAUCAUUCAAUCCACCUCACUGUCACAGCCCAGCGAAUCCUGUUGGAAGUCGAUCGGAUUCCUUACGGCAGCCAGUUAAGCAGCUCAGCACGGAGGAAGCAACUGGGUAUCCUGGAUCAGGCCAUGAGGGACGCAGUCAACACCACACUGGGGGGAUUACCAGAGGUUCCAGUCAGCACAACCCCCAUCACAGCCUCCUUCACAGGAUGUCUGCGGACUGAGAUAAACCAGGAACUGAUUGACCUGGAUGAAGCCACCGAGAAGCACAAUGAUAUUCAGUCCCACUCCUGCCCACUGGUGCAGAGGGACUGGCUGACUGAGUCACCCUCCCUGUAGUAAAUAAUGUUAUUAUCACUGCCCAUGCAGGCGUAAUUUCAAACCUCACAGCAAGUGCACAUCAUUAAAACAUUCCACAACUUGUAGAUUUCAACUUAAGUGCAACAGCUACUAAAAUAUGAUUAGAGAGGAAGGAGCUGUAUAUUCUGAGACUUUAUAAGAACUAUGCCACUAUUUCUAUUUCAUUAAACUAACGGUUUAUUGAA